CUCAAGGACCCGGUCCGGGCGGGCAAGGUGGGCGGCAAGGGCUUGCCGGGCAAGUCGAGCUCGGCCUCCGCCGCGCGGGGCGUGUUCGACCGCUCCACCGAGGAUGCCGGGCGCUCGGCGCCCAAGUCGCCUGUCGACAAGGUCGACAUGCCAGACGUGCACAACCCGCAGGCGGUGAUCCCGUACCUGCACGACAUCCACCGCCACUACCGCGAAGCCGAGGCGAUCAACCUCGCCUCCGGCACCUACAUGAGCAAGCAGAACGACAUCAACGAGAAGAUGCGCGCCAUCCUCAUCGACUGGCUGAUUGAGGUGCACCUCAAGUUCAAGCUGAUGAUCGAGACCCUCUACCUGACGGUCAACCUGAUCGACCGCUUCCUCGAGAAGGAGACCAUCACGCGGAACAAGCUGCAGCUCGUCGGCGUCACCGCCAUGUUCCUCGCCUCCAAGUACGAGGAGAUCUACGCGCCCGAGUGCCGCGAUUUUGUCUACAUAUCAGACAAGGCGUACACGCGCGAGCAGAUUCUGGCCAUGGAGGGCGCGGUGCUCGCCAAGCUCAACUUCCAGCUGACCACGCCCAACACGUACGUGUUCCUCAAGCGGUUCAGCAAGGUGGCGGGCAUCAUCGCCACGCCGCGCUCCAAGACGGAGCUGCUCGCGAACAUGUUUGUCGAGCUGACACUGCAGGAGUACAAGUUUCUCAAGUACCUCCCGUCGAUGGUUGCCGCGUCCGCAGUCUACCUGGCCCUCAAGACGAUGGGCCAGCCCUGCUGGGGCCAGGAGCUCGCGGAGCACACCUCGUACACGGAGGCUGCCCUGCUGCCGUGCGUGCGCGACAUGAACCAGGUGCACAAGGACGCGCCGAAGAACAACCUGCAGGCCGUGCGCAAGAAGUACGCGCAGGAGAAGCACGGCGCCGUCUCCGGCAUCCCCCCCGCCAACUUGUGAGCACCUACUAGCGCGCGUGGACGCGGGCGAGCGUGGGCCGGUCGCGGCGAGUUAUGCGGGCGGACUUGGAGUCUUGCCUCGCACGGCGGCUUGCCUGCCCCUCGCAUGGUGGCCUGCCUGCCCCUCGCCCGCCCCCGGCUUGCGGCUGGCGUCACGAUGAGCGGCGUGAGAUGUACUCCGCCGGCUGCACUGCGUUUCCUGUCUGAUUGUCUCUCUGUGGCGUGCAACACUCCGGUGGAUGGCUCCGGUGGCGCCGCUGUCACUCUCUCUGCAACUCCGCAUGCAUGGCUGCAUGCGACGGACGGUACUCUGUGUUUUGCGUGUGCGAGCGCGCUGCUCGCCCGCGCGUGCCUUGUCGCUCUAGCACUCCUUCCCCUCCCGCUCCCCACACACACUCUUUGUGCGCCAUGGUUUGCGUCGUCAGUGUCGUGGAGUGUGUGUUGGCUCUCUCGCUCGUGCACCUGCUGAGUGCUGUCUGCGCGGGCCGAGCGCCGGAGUAGGGGGAGCAGGGGGCCGAGGUGUUCGCAGCCUCUGACAGCUCUCAGUGUCAUUAUUAGCUUGACUCCGGCGGAGAACUACUUUGC